AACAUGUCAAGCACGUAUAUUGUAGAGCACAAAAAGGAAUGUUCCAAAAAAGAUGAUACCCUUAUUCUCAUGGUAAACGACAGUGGAAUCAUUUCCGUUGACCAGGACACUCUGCAAAGUCUAAUACUCAACCAAUCGAACGCUAAUGUUAGCGUAGUAAAAUUAGGUCAGAUAGGUGACGAUGUGGUUAAAGGAAAUAUUACGCUGACUGUUGAUCCACCAACCUUCGUUUCUGGCAAUGCAUCCGACCCUGCUACUCUAGUUGACCCAUUCAUGGAAAUGGAUUCAGAACAAUUAGAGCGACUUGAAAUAGCACUUCAAAGUGAAGAGGCCAAGCAGAUACUCGGUGAAAAUGUCACCGCAAUGCUUGACUUGCUGACUGUUGAAGAACAACAGAAUUCUAUAAAGCACAGCAUUGAGCUAGAUCAUUGUUACACUAGCAGGUUUUCAUCUUUACAGUCCCAGAUUGCAGAUCCAGUACCUGAUGACAGUUGUACUGGCAUGAGCGAAUCUGUUGUUAUUGAUCAUAACGACUUAUUAAUGGAGGAUGAUCUAGAACAAAUAUCGGCAAUAUCUUCCAGUAGCUGCAGCACUGUCCCCACAGCUCUGGUUAAACAGAAAGUCAUAUCCAUUACUUCGAAAAUUGUUCAGCAGCCAAACUUGUUUGUGAAUCGAUCCAAGCGAGCCUUGAAUGCAAGCAAACUGCAGUGUAUAACAACUCCUUCGAAGCUACUUAGUAGCAGCACCGAUGCACAUAGAAUCUUAACACAAGUAGAAGGUAGAACAAGUUCUAAGGUUAUAGUAGAUCAGGAAAUAAAUGAUCAGAGAACAGUGCAACAGCAACUGCUGGAGAAGUCUGAUAAUCAACUGUUUUCAUCAUCUGAAUCUUCCGCGUCUGACUCCGACAGCGAUAGUGACUUUGGACCUUGGUCUCCUAGAAGAGGCAUCCGGGCCAGAGGAGGCCGUAGAGGCCUUACAACUAGAGGUGGCAGUAUGGCGGCCCUCCGUAGGCGAUGUUCCAAUAAGCUGAUUGAUAAUGAGCAGGUUCGCCGCCUCGACUUUGAGAUGGUAGAGACUGGAAGCACGAUGAAGAACUCUGAUAAAGAAGAAAAGUUAAACAAACACAGUUCUAAGUCACUAAGUCGGACAGUUAAAAUUAUUUCACCUAAACGAAAAGAAGAUUCAGUGGUACUAAUAAGAACGCCUUCACAAGAGCAGCUGAUUCCAUUACGGACACAAUCCCAGACAAAAUUUCAGACAAUACACUUACUGACGCCAUCGCAGAUACAACUGGAGCAACAGCCAUUACCGCCACAACUACUACCAGUAUCACCGUCUUUAAUGAAACAGAAUGUGUUGCAGAUUAUGAAUAAAGUUAAAACAAACAAAAUUAAAGAGGACUCAUUGUUCUCAAAUUUAAGCCUAGAUCCAGCCAGAAAUAUUCCAUUCGCUCAAAAUCAAACUGGUGUAAAAAAAGUUCCUAUGUUUGAAGAUGUCAAAGUCCCAGACUUACCUGUAACUAUGGAAAAAGGGUUAGCAUCGCUCAAUGUGCAUCAUUUUGCUAGUAACGAUGUAAAUCUUAAGACUAUUAGUUCUUGUCAGAAAACUGAACUACUUGCAGAAGCUAAGAAUUGUCAAAAGUCCACAGAUAGUAAGAAAGAAAAGAAAAAAGGAGAUAACAUUUCUGAUACAUGGCAUAAAUCAAGUGUUGAAGAAACCCAACUCUCUGAUAACAAAGUAUCUAAUGUUGUCAAAAAAGUUAUUAAAAAAGAAUACCGUAAGUCAGACGUUUUAGUCGCUGAGGCUCUAGGUCCAGCUUUAUUCUCAACUCCAGACAUUAUACGUCGUGUUGGCUCUAAUUAUGAAACAAAAACUUCAGAGAGUCCUGCCGCGUCAUUAAUUUCAGCCACACCCUUACUGCCUUCUACAAGUGAUGUAAUUCCAUCAAUAACCUCCACAAAUAUAGUUCAUGAGCAAGUAGAAAGAAGUCCGCCUCUUGACAUUCCUGCAAAUAAAAUAGUUACUAAGUUCAGCAGUGACACACCUGUUCUAGUAGGCCCUUUAGAAGAUAAUAAGAUACGUAAGCAAUCUGAAGUAUCAGACUUGAUUCCUUCUGCAACAGAUUGUGUUACAGGUAGAAUCGAAGCUGACGAACAUUUGCUGGCUACUUUAGGAGUGGAAGUAGAUAAGCAACUACCAAAUGAUGAACUAUUAGCAGAGGCUUUAUUGUUACAAGAAACCCUUGGUGCGGAUUUAGAACACAGUACCUUGAUAGAUUCCGCACCAGAAAUAUCUGAAUCUUUAUUGACGUCAUCAAUAAAAGAAGCUGUUUCGAAAAUAGAAGUAUCAAAAAUUUUGUCGCAGUCACCUACCCAAUCAACACCUUUGGGUACAUUCACACCGAUUGCUAUCUCUUCAACAUCUGUAAAAAGUGAGCCAAUAGCUAAAAAAGAUUCAAUUCAAAUCAUUCGUGGUGGUCGAGUCAUAAUUUUACCGCCUAUGGAAGCUCCAGCUACUCGCAGCAAACGGUUGCAGGCAAAAACAGAUAAUCAUAGAAUGAAAAAUGAAAAAAAAUUUCAAGUGCAGUAUCAGUCACAGACACAGCCGCUACAACACAAUGACCAAGAGCAAGAUUAUCAAAAACCUAAAGUUGAACCAUCUAAAAUUAAAUCUGAAAGAACAUUGAGAGUACCAGCUCAUAUGGGUUUAAAAAAUUGUGACAUGAUGUAUGACAUUGAUGACAACGAUGAGGAGGAGGUUAAUUCAGGCUCAGAAGAUGAUCCCAAUAGGUUAUGGUGUAUAUGUCGACAACCCCACAAUAAUAGGUUCAUGAUAUGCUGUGACAUGUGCCAGGACUGGUUCCAUGGAAAAUGCGUACAUGUUACGAAAACUAUGGGUGAACAAAUGGAAAAUCAAGGAAUUGAGUGGGUUUGCCCUAACUGCUUGAAAAAAAAAACAGAAGAGUUCAAACUCAAUUCUGCUUCUAAGCGGCAUAAAAGCAGCACAGAUAGGAAUACUCAGAAGUUAAAUAAAAUCUCAUCAACUUACAUAUCGUCACCAUCAACAAAGAAGAGUGAUCUUAAAAUUACUCCUGUCGAUACUGGUUCCAAUCUAAGCUCUUCCUCAGAUGUAACUUUUUGCGUGGUUUGUAAAAAAAAAGUCAGAAAAUCAGGUAUAUACUGCUCGGAUGCUUGUAUUGUGGCGCACGCUGCUUCGCAAAUAAAAGGACAGAAUAUUGAUAAUCACCAAAUAAGUCAAAAGCAAAAAUCUGACAUUAGAAUAGUCGUUUACAACAAAAAAACUGGAAAAGUUUUAACAGGUCCUGGUGCUCCAACUGCAUCAAACUUAAAAAACUGGCUAUUGGAGCAUCCUUAUUAUGCAGUUGUGAAAUCAAAUAAUCUGAACACUAUACAACUAGGAUGCAAGACUGUAGCAGCCAUUAAAACCAAAGGUUUAACUACUGUACAUCCCUCAGAUUUUACAGCAAUAAAACAAAGGAAUAAACAGCUUCAAGGUAGACCUCCAACACAGUCAAAAACUAUUCAUGCCAAAGUACCCGACCCGCAGCAAACUAUUUUAUCACUAGUUACAAAAAAAUCUCUGCCUGAAUCUCCACUAGUAUGUGCUGAUGUAUCGAAUGAGCAGUGUUUAAAGCACUCAAGUGUUACAACUACUUCUAAAAAAAGUGUUACCUUCAAACAAGAAAUGACAAAAUCUGGAUUCCCUCAAUCACACAUCCAAAUACCAAAUCAGCAAAUCGUACAACAACCGACGGAAACUUUAGAAUCAAAAGUUUCUUCUAAAAAGUUAUUAGAAGCUAAAUCCUCAACGUUUCUACAAAAAAAUCAACAACAAUCGGAGCAAUUUACCAAGCAGCAGCAACAGAAGUCACCACCGUUGCCGCAGCAGCAGCAACAACCAGUAAUAACGAGAGUUCUGUCGAAAAAAUCAGAAAUUGAACCAGUAAGAGUAAAUGUUAGAAAAACUCUGGCUGACUUAUUAAUCUCUCGUAUAAAACAAGCGGAUGAUCUAAACAUUAACGAGGAAGAAGUUAAGGAUUUGGCUCUCAAAAUCGAACUUGAAAUGUAUAAGUAUUUUAAGGACACUGGAUCGAAGUAUAAAGCCAAGUACCGCAGUCUUGUCUUCAACAUCAAAGAUACAAAAAAUUUAACAUUAUUUCAUAAAAUAGCUGACCACUCGCUGGCUCCAGGCGCUGUUGUCAGGCUGAGCCCUGAGGAGAUGGCAAGUCAAGAGCUGGCAGAGUGGCGUGAAAAGGAAACCAAGCACCAACUUGACAUGAUCAAAAAGAAUGAGUUGGAUAUGAUGGCUCAGGCAAAAUCGGUUGUCGUGAAAACUCACAAAGGUGAACAAAUAAUUGAAAACGAUGGAGGUAUCAGAAAUGUAGAUCCACAAGAUAUUGUUACGGUGUUUAAUAGCUCUUCAUCGUCUCAGCUAACUACUUCGACACUUAGGGAUGGUGAGGAAGGACUCCAAAGGCCUCAAUUAUUUUUACGUGAUCGUGAUAUUUUAAAAAAGCCUGAUCGUCGGCACAGUCGCUCACAUGGUAGAAAUCGUCAUCGACAUAAGGAUCGAGAAUGCAGUUAUCAAACAAAAUCCAAAAAGGAUACAAAGCACAGAGACAAAGCCCGCUUGCGAAAUAAAGAUUACAAAAAAUUUAGGGACCGAGAUAAAAAAAAUGACAAGGACAGAGAUCGUAAAAAAGACAAGUAUGAUUCAGGUCACAAUGGCAGAUCACUUGACGGUAUUAUUACUGAGAGCAAGCUCGUCAGUCAUAAGGAGCAUAAAGAUAAACAAAAGCAAGCUCAGUUGGAGCAGUCAGAACAUGAGCUGUGGCAGAAACAGGAUACAUUACACCAACAAUUAAAGGCUAGUAGUGCCACCUCAAUCCUUGCAUCUUUUAAGCCUGUAGAAGAGCGGUUGUGGAGACAUAUUGAAGACGAUGUCACGAAUAACCUUCCAGAUGGAAAUGAAUCAGACAUAUCAGAUAGAGAGCCUAGCUCUACGGUAACAAUAAAAACGCCAGACAUAAACGACGAUAUAGACGGUGAUUUUGAGCCAAGAUCAAACGAGGUAGUGCCAUGUUUCCAAACGCUUAGUGCACCAGUUUGGCAUGGCUUUGUCUAUAUGGCUGAUGUGGCUAAGUUUUAUGUAACUGCACAGAGCGUAAGUGGGCAUGCCAAGGAACUUAUGGAAGGCGUAUCCGAUGCAUUUGAGGUUGUCGGUCGAAUAAGCCCGCUUACGGUUUGGGACUAUAUUGACAAGAUGCGUAAGAAUGCAACUAAGGAGAUUGUUAUCGUAAAAUUGACUGCAACCAACGACGAGGAAAAAAUACCCUAUAUUACUCUUUUUAGUUACUUAAACAGUCGUAACAGACUUGGUGUCCUUGGAAACGUCUCACCAAAGAUAAAAGAUUUUUACAUUAUGCCGUUCUCUAGCACCAAUAAGCUUCCUUCGGUUCUACUUUCAAUUGAAAACUCAGGUCUGAAGGAAAUUGAGGAGCCUUUACUACUUGGUAUUAUCGUUGUACACAGUCGAAAAAAGCGACCGAGCAUUACUUGUAACUCCACUCUGUCGUUUGCUGGCUUAUCAUCGCCCAAAAUGCCGAAAAAAGAGUCUCUAUUAAGCGACACUACCACUCCUCAGGGUUAUACUCCACCACCUCAAGUCUUGCCUACGUUGCAGCGGCAGGCUAAUACAAAAAAUGAGGUGAUUUUAGCACAGCGUUUCUCUAGAUCAUCUAGUAUAGUUCCUGAGCUUUCAUCUCAAAUUGUGCUUACAACUUCUUCGUUAUCCAAAAAAAUACAACUUCUUAGUGAUAUUGAUAAUAGCGAUGAUCGCAAUAAUGAGCCUUAUAGUCCUGGUGAACCAGUUGAUGUUGCCCUUGAUGACAGUGCCAAUUCUAAUGCCGUGCAGUCCUCGCUAAAUGUUAAAACUCCCAAAAGCUCAUCUGAACUGCAGCGCAAGAUGGAAGAGAUCACUAGGCAGAUCGAAGAAGAAAAACAGCAAAUACAAAAUAUUAGUUCAACUUUUCUUGGCGACAACUCAACAAUUUUGCCGGGUCUGGAUCUUCACCCUCUCAAAUGUAGUGAUGCACUAGAAACGUACAGUCCUACAGCCUCAAGAUCUUUUACACCGCCACCUCAAAGUAUAUCGAAUUUGACCCAGCCAAUUUUAGACAAAGUUUCAAAUAUUACUAUUCCGCCAAAUCUUCAAGAAAUUCUGGCAAAUGUCAAAAGACAAGAGAGUUCAAAACUAGAUUCAUAUAUUCCUUUGAAGCCGGGUGCAACGUUCUUAACAACACUCAGCUCUAUAGAAUGCAGAAACGAAGAAAAUCAUUCAUCAGCAUACAAUAAGACAUUAAACAAGAACAUACUUAAUUCAGAGGUACAUUCUUCCCAACAAAGAGAGUCUAAAAGCACUUUGAGUUUGUUAAGUGACUAUGAUAUCAUUAAAAAGGCAGAAAAAGAGUUGGCGGCCAUAGCAGUUGCCGAUAUAGCUGCUGUUGACUCAACUUCAUCUUUUUCCAGUCCCAAUGAAACGCAAAACUUCUCUACGUCUAGUGUUAUAUGAGCAUAUGUAAAAUAAAAGAUGAAUUUAUUUUAAUGGUCGCCCAUAGUGAUGUAUUGCGUGCAAAAUGAUCAUUUAUAAGAAUUAAAUAACUUAACGGUGUAUAAUAACAAUAUUCACUCCAAUGAAAAGUUAUUGAGCGAGAAAGACUAAGCUGUCACAUAACAAGAAUGAACGUUCAUUUUUAUGUUGUAGAAUAAUUUUAGACCCAAUAUACCCCCGUUAUUAUAGAGUUGUAUCAAUUUUUUGUAACAUUAUAUAUAAUUAAAAUGUUUAAUUUUUAAGAUUUUAUUAUUAAACAUUACACUUGUAUAUAAACAUAUAAGAACUCUUAAAUUUUACUCUGUAGAAACAGUCACAAUGCCAAUUUAAAUAGCGUUUAUUAAACAAUUUUUUAUUACCUCAAUUUAGUAACUGUUCGACAGUGUCAAUAAUAAAGGUGUCGAAAUAAUUUAUACUUCA